GCAGGACUUUGGCUUCUCCUUUCCUUUGUGUCUGCAGAUUUCUUCAAACAACUCCACCAAACUGAAUAAACCCACCUAGCAACAUGUCCCUUCUCACUCACCUGUUGGCAUGUUUGUUCGGUAUGGGCUCCUGGGUCUCCAUCAACGGUCUGUGGGUGGAGCUGCCUCUGAUUGUCCCCCAGAUCCCAGAGGCUUGGUACCUGCCCUCCUACCUCUCAGUCAUCAUCCAGAUGGCCAACAUCGGGCCUCUCUUCGUCACUCUGAUGCAUCGUUUCCGACCAGGCACCCUGAACGAGAGAGCUGUCAUAUAUGUGAUCAUCGGCCUGGGCACUGUAGCAACUUUCCUGCUGGGAUUCUUCUGGAAAGAGACUGUGGUUGUAGCAGGUGUGGCUCGCAGCGUGCCUCUCCUUGUUUUAACUUUCUUCCUCGCUGCUGUUGACUGCACUUCCUCCGUCACCUUCCUGCCCUUCAUGAUGCGUCUCAAGUCUCAGUAUCUGACCACCUACUACAUCGGGGAGGGUGUGAGUGGCCUGCUGCCGUCUCUUGUGGCUUUGAUCCAAGGUGCAGGGGUCGUCCACUGCAUAAACAGCACACAGUCUGUGAACUACACCCUCAACAUUCCCAACGGUUCUGUGACCUUUGACCUCCAGGCCCAGUAUCAGCCUGCAAACUUCUCGACUGAGGUGUUUUUCUUCUUCCUCAGUGCCAUGAUGCUGGUGUGCCUGGGGGCUUUCCUGCUCCUGAACUACCAUCCAUCUGUGGCCAGGGAGCAGCCAAACAGCAGAUACACCAACGGAGUGAAACAAAAACCAAAAAACAGGGAGUUGGUCGAGCAGAACCCAAUGAUGGAUCCUUACAGACCAGAAAACCAGAAGCCCAGAAGCAGCUUUGGCACCGGCUCUUACAGCUGGAUGGAGGUGUUUUAUAUCUUUGGGAUUCUGGCCUGGGUGAACGCUCUGAGCAACACGGUUCUUCCCUCGGUGCAGUCCUACUCGUGCAUGCCGUACGGGAACAACGCCUACCACCUGUCGGCCAGUUUAGCUGCAUUGUCCAACCCUCUGGCAUGCUUCAUCGCCAUGUUCUUACCAAUCAGAUCCCUGCUGUUCAUCGGAGCCCUCGCAGUGAUUGGCACUGGAGUUGGAGUUUAUAUUAUGAUCAUGGCAGUGCUGAGUCCAUGCCCAGUGCUGGUAAAUGAUACCUCAGGUGGUGUUAUCAUUGUGUUGGCCUGGGUCCUCUUUAUUCUCACCCUGUCCUAUGUGAAGGUGAUUAUUGGGGUGAUCCUCCGUGAUGAAGGCCACAGCGCCCUCGUGUGGUGCGGAGCUGUAGUGCAGCUGGGCUCUCUGCUGGGAGCUGUGACCAUGUUUCCUCUGGUCAGUGUGUACGACUACUUUUCAUCCGGAGACCCGUGCAACACAAAAUGCUCCUGAAGUCACAAAGAAGACACUGGAAACAGACUCAGUAAUGACUCGCAUGUUUGUGAGUGAAAUGAGAAAAAUCUGUUUAUAUAUUUCUGCUUUUGCUGUGAUCCAACGAGUACAUGUAUGCAUGUAUUGAGCCAGAUAAGUAUGAUGUUCAUUUAUGUAAUUUGAACAGUUUUAGAUCAACAUGGGACAGGUCAACAGUGCUAGUUAGUCUGAGUUAGUCUGAAUCCCAGAAUCUUAUUUCAGUUAGUUCGGCUGAUCUUCUGUCUGAUAACAGCUUUGGGAUUUUCACAUGUUCUGGAGCAUGAGCAGUGCGCUAUAAAUUAUGUUUAAAAGUGGGGAUAAUAACAAACUUUGAGCCAUAUUAAAUGGGGCAACUUAGCCACAAGCACCCAGAAGUGCGUACGGGCGUUCUGCAGGUGAUCCAUGCACUAAUUUAAAUAAUAACCAUUAUUUUGCUGACUGCCGUGCAAAUUAGCAACCAAAAGCCAGUAGACCUGAUGUGGGAGCAACUUAUCUGCGAACCAUCUGGGUGAACUCUUCUGCUACAAACUGCUGGGCCUGUGUGGUCCUGGCCGUGUGGACUGUAACAGCUGAUCUGAAUGCUGUGUAGAUACAUCAUGCAGAUGAUGUAUGAUCAGGUACUUAUUAAAGUCACUAUGAGAUACCGUAACCCACAGACAAUCUAUCACACUGACACAGCUCUAUUAUCAGCAGCAUUUCGAGAGACAUUUCAAUUUUGCAUGUGAGCGGUGUGAUACGAAAAAGAAGUCAAAUAAAAUGUGUGGGAAGUGCUGAAAGAAGAAACACAGAGAAUUUCUUAUUGUACACCGAUUUUUUGUAGGUCAAAACCAAAAACACUGCAAAUCCACUGGCUGGCUGUAAAAGCCAACUUAGCUGUCUCUGAAACAAAAUGCAUCUAUUGCAGGUGUUUGGGAUCCUCCUGUUUAAACCAUUCAGUCAUGCCAGUUAUAAACACCUUUUAACAAUGAAGGAGGGUUUUUUUUGCAGGAGCAGAGCACCAAUAGAACUGCUCCUGUGUAAUUAAAGGAGUAAAGUUAGUCCCAAAGAAAUGGAACUACAUUUACUGUUUCAGUUUGUGGUUUUAGUGUAGUGACUACUGUAAUGAUUAAGCAAUGUAACAUUUUAUUGGGUUUUAAUAAGAUGUUUUAAUCAUGCCGUGUACAUUAUUACAUAAAUAACAUAAUUAUUACAUUAAA